AUGCCUCGUGCAGGCAAACCCCCGGGGGCACGACUCCGAUGUCGACGAGCCUGCGACAGCUGUAAACGACGGAAACAAAAAUGCAAUGGCGAACAACCAUGUACAAUCUGUGUGCAGAGACACAAGGAGUCUGAAUGCCAUUUCUCUGAUCGCCCCGCACGUCUUCUCCAGCCUGACACGAAAGAUUCAACCAUGCUGCUCAGUGAGCGUGUGGUUCCCUCGCCACACCGGGAAACUGCCAUGGAUCACUUAUUGAAUUCGCUGGAAGAUCGUGGUAUGAAUUUGGAACAGGCAUCCCGGGACGACAAGGACCUUGGAACAGCCCCAGUUCCCAAAGUCGCGCGCCUUCUUCGCGAUGGACAGGGCAAAUUUAUGUACAUCGGAGACUCCGCCUCAUUAAGUUUUCUUCAAAGUGUGCGUCGGGUGGUCUCCUCAUCCAUCGGCCGAUGUGCAUUCACUGAAGAUAACUCGCGACACUCCAUGCUGGAAGCUUUUCAAAAUAAUCCCAGUACUCAGCCUUUGCCACUCAUUCCGCCGCCGAGUAAUGAUGAAGCUCAGCGACGGGCCAGGCAGUUUGUUUUAGCUACAAAUCCUUUACUCGAUCUGUUCGACUUGGAAGAAUUUCACCCUCGACUAGCAAAUUGGGUAGGAAAUCCAUCCGGGGACGAAGACACCGUCAGCUCCAUAUUCUACCUUGUCCUAGCUAUUGGAUCGCAGGUAUCAGACAUCAAUCAGAACCUAGCCGAACAGUAUUUUAGCAGCGGUCGACAAUUGGCAUUUUCAGCUUUCCAGGAAACUCCUAGCAUUUAUACUAUCCAGUCCUAUAUUCUGGUAUCAAUGUACAUGCUUGGUGCUUGUAGGCGCAACGGCGCUUUUAUGAACCUUGGAGUGGCUUUGCGAGCUGCUUAUGCUGUGGGUAUACACCGUAAGGAUGCCAAUGCUCUCUUCUGUGGGCCCGAACGCCGAGCACGAGAACGGGUGUGGAAGAGUCUCAGGAUGAUGGAUCUGUUCCUCAGUGCCUCCUUGGGUCGUCCACCCGCGACAUCAGAUUUUGAUUAUGAUGUUCGCGACGACGCUCUCACAUACCAAUAUCAGCUUGAGAAUAAAACCCCAGAGCAACAGCUUUCCAUAGCUGUAAUAUCGCUUUGUCGAAUCUUUGAGCGCAUUCUGACAGAUGUUUACAUGAGACAAGUUAUCUCAAUCAAUGUCGCAGAGUCCAUAUCAAACCAACAUCGUGCAUGGGUUCGCAGUCUGCCACCUUUUCUGAAUAUGCAGACGAAACGGCUCGAAACUAGCUCGAUGGAAGAGAGCUUGCUCGCGUCUCAUGUGUUGGGGUCAUAUUACUGGUCAAUCAUUCUCCUAACACGUCCCUUUCUCGUAUACUUUGUGGCUCAGUAUGUUAAAAGUAAAUCCGACCCAUCUACAUCAUCUGAAACGCGAAAUCGCAGCUCUCGCGUCUCCCUUUUCGCUGAUGCUUGCGUCUACUCUGCACUUCGAGAUCUUGAUGCGAUGGAAGACCUGGGUCGAUUUACAUCAUUACCACGUCGUCUACCAUUCUUAAUAAACUCCGUCUUCAACUCCGCUGUUGUUAUCGGCGCUGCAUUCUUCGCCGAUUACGACAAUCUUCUGCCUUUGGAAGAGGGCUUGAACAAGGCAGAAAAAUUCCUGGAGCUAUUUGUCCCUCACGACCCACACGCAUGUCGUUUCUCACAGAUUAUCAAAUACCUCCGCGGUGCUGUCACGGAAUAUGUCCAGCGACGCAAUCACCAAUGGAUGGAUAGCCGAAGUAGGCAGGUAGAUCAACUCUUCGGCCAAGUCGGCGGCUUCAGCGAUUCUCCCCCUCUCAGCUCAGCUUCUGCUCGGUAUCGCGAUAUUGAUAAACCUUCCCAUCUAACUGACUCUCAACAUACUCCCAUCGUCCCCUCUCCAACCCCAUCUGGCAAGCUUGCCGAAGCUACCCAUACUUCAUUCAUGACCUCACAAUCAUCAACUCACCCGCCAAACGACGUAUGGGAUGCUUUCUAUAACGGUUCAGACGGUACGGCACACUUGCCGUACGAUGCUGCUAUAUCUACUCUGACUACAUCGGGUAUUCCUGUUGGCUGUUCACCUGGUGGUACCAUCCCAUCUGGACCACCCCCUGUAUCUGGUGGACCAUCGCCUCUCUCUGACGUAAUGGUUCCAGAGAGUGGGUUAUUAUAUAUGGCUGAAGACCUUUCUGUAUUCGGAAUAUGGGAAGACGCUUGA